AGGGAUGUACCCACGUAGCUUCUCAAUAAGUGUGGCGUACACUUGACUGGGGCAUUUGCCAGGCCAGCGUCUAACUACAGCGGAGCGAGAGGGUCUAUCUGAUGUCUCUAUCUGACUUAUGUUUUGGACAUACUGGAGUACUUAUCCCUAAGAAUCCACUGACGCCGAACACUUGUUGACCCCGCUGUCAGAUUGAGAUAUAUGGAACUAUCUGCUUACUGAGGGUGGGUGGCACGGCAGUGAGCGGCGAUGGAGACGGGGAGAGCGUGGCCGAUGCUGCUUCUGAUGUUGCAUUGGGGCGUGCAUACGGCAGCUGACGAGUUACCCCUGCCCCCUGUUGUUGCCAACAUGUCCCCAAAGAAGAGGCACUUUGUUGAGGGCGAGAGACUCAAGCUACCGUGCGAAGCCCAGGGACAACCCAUACCCGUCCUGUAUUGGCUGAAAUCCGGCGUCAACAUUGACUACAACAGCGACAUCAACAAAGGCCGUGUGGUUGUAACAAAAAGCAAUACUCUUGUCAUCCACGACGCCCAGGCGACGGAUGCUGGCUACUACCAAUGUAGAGCUGAGAACAUACACGGUAUAUCCCUGUCAAACAAAUACGAACUUAUCGAGGCCAAGGCUGAAAGUGGGAGGACUUCCCAGGUCAGAGCCCGACGUCUAGUUCCUGGACGCUCCUUGAAGCUCAGAUGUAACCCCCCCAGGAGCGUUCCAAACGCCAGGAUUGUGUGGUCCUACCAGUACGACUACGACUACGAAGAUGAGCAGGAAUUCGUGGAGCUAUCGGAGACGGUCGUCACAGAUUAUGAAGGUGACCUAUACUUUGUGAGUGUACGCGAGGACGAGAUCAAGGGGGACGCGGAGUAUGCCUGUGUGGCCUACAAUCAAAUCACAAGAUCAAUGACGUACGGGAACUCCUUCAGGUUGAAGCUACAAGGAGGUAAGCCUGUCGACGAACCGAUGUCUCUUAUGUGGCAAACUCCGGCCGCAAUGUUGGGUCUGCAGGGGAAGACGCUGAAGAUGAUGUGUAUAUUCGGGGGCAAUCCACGACCCCAAGUGUCCUGGAGCCGCGCCGACGGAUCCAUGCUGAACUUAACACGAAGUAAAUUUGGACCAGGAAACCAUGAGAUUCGAAUCGAGAAGCUGGAGGAGGCUGAUACAGGAGUGUACAUGUGUACAGGGAGCCAACAGGGAACCAGGCCCCUCACAAGGACAUUCACAGUGGACGUAGAAGCGGCGCCGACGUGGGUGACGGAGCCCAAAGACGUCACUGCUGACGAGGGGGAAGACGUGGUGAUAGACUGCCGGGCGGCAGGAACUCCCAGUCCACAUAUUGAGUGGCUUAUAAAUGGCAUCCCACUGAGAGAACGAGAGCCGAAAGAGAACCAGAGAAUAACUGAGGGGAAACUGGUGUUGACGGACGUGAGACGCACGGACACCAUGGCCGUCCAGUGUAACGCCUCCAACAUCCACGGCUACGUCUGGUCCGACACCUACAUCAACAUUCUAGCCAUCCCUGCAGUCAUCAAUGAACCUGAGCAUGCAGAUGUGAAGGUCAUUCGAGGGGGAAGGGCACUCCUACACUGCCACCACACCGGUCACCCCGUCCCGGACCUCGUGUGGUUUAAGGGAGAGAAGAAACUGUAUGCAGAUGGGAGAUAUGAACUGUUUGAGAACGGAUCUCUGCUGAUUGGCAAAGCCAUGAUGAGAGAUGGUGGUCUGUUCAAGUGUUUUGUACGGAACAAAUACGGCGAGGACAACAGUAAAUAUACAGUAAUCAUUAGAGAUCCAACACGGAUUGUGCACGGUCCUAAGGACGUGUCUGUGCGGACCGGGCAGGAUGCAGUGAUGGAGUGCAAGGCUGCUACUGACCCUGCUGAGGUGAACAACCUCCGCUAUGAGUGGAAGAAAGACAACACAACGCUGGACUUCACCAAUCCUCAACUGAACCGACAGAACGGGAGGCUAGUCAUCACAAAGGUAGCAUUGGCAGAUACAGCUGUGUAUAAAUGCGUGGCAACCAACGGCAUAGACUCCGUCGUGGCGACUGCACGUUUGCUGGUUCAGGCACCCCCGGGCGAGCCUUCAAAAGUGACAUUGUUACGUUGUGACGGAGAUAGUGCAACUAUAGCCUGGAAAUUCAACACUUCUCUGACCAACCACUCACCUCUGAAGAGAUUUUUUGUGGAAUACAGCACCGACUAUGACCCAGGAAAUUGGUACAAGAUGAAAACAGUGGGGGCCAAUAAGCGUCAAGCCAAAGUGGAAUUGUCGCCGUUUGGUUCGUACACCUUCCGUGUGAAAGCUGUGAAUGAGAUUGGACCCGGCCUUCCUAGUGCCCCUACGAUGAAUAUGUGUGAAACCCCCGAAAACAGGCCACCUUUCCACCCCAAGAAGGUGCACACAGUCACAGAUACAACCAACGUCCUGGCGGUGGAGUGGGAGCCGAUGGCCCCAAUUCAACACAACGGCCCCGGCUUCCACUACGUCGUCAUGAUCAGCAAGGUGGGCGACAACACUGUCCAGAGCUACAUCCGUAACGACUCUUUCAAGGGCCGUUUUGAUAUACCGGUUGAUGACGUCUACCAGCCCUACACCGUGACGGUCAAGGCCGCCAACCGUGUCGGGGAACCUCCACAGCUUGCCACUAGUCACAUGGGCUACUCGGGGGAGGGAGUUCCAUUGGUCUUUCCUGAAAAUUUGACCCUGAGCGACUUUUCCCGUCUGGGUGAAGGACAAGCCGAACUCUCGUGGGUAGGGGUUGAAGACGACCCAGAAUUGAUUCGAGGGAUGCUGCGCGGAUACAUGAUCCGAUACUGGAAAUCAGGGGACCCUGACAACGUGUUUGAAACGCUUAUUCCACUCGAAUCCACGGAAAUAUCUGGAACUCAAACAGUAGUCCGGAAUUUGCCGAUGUACUCCGAUCUUCAGGCUGACGUCACGGUCGUCAACACACAUUUCAAAAGCAUCGGCAGUAACGUCGUGAACUUCAGCACUCCAGAAGGAGUGCCGGACCCCCCACAGUACAUCAACGUACUGCACCGUGGGGCCAUCCAUUUCCUGGUAGACUGGGGGCGGCCGGAGAACACCAAUGGGAUUCUGACUGGCUACAAAGUCGGCUACAGACUAAUGAACAGUACUCACACAGGAGAUAUGAUGGUCCUGCCGGAGACCACGCGGCGACGCUCCUUCAUCAAGGAUCUCCAGCCCAACACGGAGUACCGCGUGUAUGUCUGGGCACUGACGAUGAAGGGUCCUGGUGACCCAAUCUACAUGGAUGCGAAAACAGCCAAGAAGAACACGGCUAUAACAAAGCCACAGAUUUUGGAUAUGGAGCCAACAGACAGAGCUGUUGAAAUUACAUGGGCUCUCAAGAACAGCUCUAACACAAGAGCCGCCGCUUAUUACCUCCUACAACACAAACUGUUGGGGACCAAUGCCUGGACACGCGGGGCGAAGGUAGAGGGCAACCGGUUCUCCCAAAGCGUGUAUGGUCUUCAUCCUCAGUCCACCUACCAGGCGCGGGUCGUGGCACUGGACAGUGGGCAGCGGGCUGUCAGUGACACAGAGCUGUUCAACACGGCCGAGAGAGAACGUGAGGAUGAAUAUGACCAUGAAACAGACUACGGUUCAGGAAACGGAACAGGUGAUGAUGAAGAUAUGGCCACCCAAGACACUGUUACCCGCAACAUCGUCUUCGUCACAGAAUCAACACAUCCGAAGACGCCCAUGCAUUCUACGACGCCUAUGCAAGGGCUGUCUACAGAAAGAGCUGAAACAACAGACAAAGAAUACACGACUACAAUGAUGUAUGCAAGUGAAACAGGGUCGCCUUCUACGUCAUCUGUGUCAACUACGAAGGUGGUGGACAUCGAUAUCGGAAGCAAAGAUUCAACAGAGCCGGGGAUCGUCUUACCUGACGUAACAGGUGUUUCAGAAAGUGGGGAUAUAAUCUACACCGUGGUUAAGAACGAGGCACCCUUGGAUCUCAUAUGUAGAAUGAAGGGGUACCGGUCCCGCGUGAAAUGGUACAAGGACGACGUCUCCGUGCUGCGGUCAUCAGACAACAUCAUCAUGGUUGACCACCAUCGGCUGACCGACGCUCGUCUCAUCAUCCUGAAGCCAAGGGUGGGGGAUGCGGGGAUGUACAAGUGUGUCGUCCAGAGGAACAACCCCAGCAAGGGUCAGUUCUUUCAGGUGACCUUGAAAAAGGACGCGAAGGAGGAGAAAUCUUGUGCAGUUUCGGGCAAUGACGCGAGUAGAAUUCAAUGGAAUAUUAUCGUGUGUGUCUUAUGUCUCGUCUUCCGAUCGCUGACUCUGUUUGUCUCAAGCUGAUGAAGCAUCCUCGGCAAUCUAGGACAGUUUUUAUAAUAGCUUGAGAGGUAUGAGGUCAACUUGGCAGCAACAUUUGUCAUCCAUGAAUUAUUAGAUGCGUGUGAAGAAACCUGCUGCUAUGACAGAAUCAUGGAAAACAGCGUUACCAGUGCCGACGUUGUAUCGUGGCAAUACUGACUUCUACUUGGACACUGAAGGUCUACGUCUGUAACAUCUGGUGGCAGAGCACCCUAUGCACUCUCCACUGUGUUCACAAGCGUAAUUCCUGACAUAACGGAUCGUGCAAUUAUGUUUCCAUUAUUAUUUCAUCUGUGGGUUUUGACCCCCACUGCAAGAUCACAUAUAUACGAAGCUUUCCUAUACCAUGCGUGUUUUUGACAUCUCUGCAUCUGCGAAGCUUAUUAUAAAGCAUCCUAUCUUUGUACAACGAAUAUAUGCACCACGGUAUCAGGAGCUAGCACUGCAGUCAUGUUAACUCCGAUAAAUCCGAAAAGCCAAACAUGGGUUGAAACUAUAUGAAUUUUAAUGUGAUAAACAUAGCAAAUUGCGUAUAUUACGAACGCGUUCGAUAUAUCCAGUUGAGUAUAUCAUUAUCAACUUUAAUUCUUUUUAGAUUGAAUCAGAUGUCACAGAUGUAUGUAGACACGUAUGAUUGUUGAUCAUGAUUGCAACUAGAAUCGUCACAGUCGUGUGUUUGCAACUGUUCAACAUACAGGUGGGUUGUUCUUGUACUCUGAACAAGUGGUCUCUUAUUUAUUGAUAUGCACAUUGAACGUGUCCGAGUUUGAAAGCAGUGUAAAUAUGCUAUGAACCUUUAAUGAUCUCUUAUCAUUUAGGGAAAGUUUAAUGUCUAUGCUUUUGUAUACUCUAGUGCAGCUGCCGCCCCUUGUGAUGUCUGUGACUUGUAUGUAAGUACAUUCCCUGUCAGCAGGCUUGGUCCACGGGGCAUCUACCCGUCUUCGAUCUGUGCAUACCCGACAAUAUAUCAUAAAACGUUUUCAUCCCUAGAUGCGACUAAACCCCUGCCGGCGUCAAGCUCAUGCUCUCAUCCCGUGCCGCACGGGUCGCAUAACGACCACUCAUAUGUCUAUUUACCAUACAACUGUGUGCUGGCUACAGUAUCAUCCAACUCAUUUUAGAUGGGUUUUUUAGAUGUGCUAUCUUUCCUUUUUUUCUUAAACAAUUAUUUAAAUGUCGACUCAUGCACGUUUCUGGUGUUCCUAUCCUUCCUGGAACUGAUUGUAAAACACCGCGUGUCUCCUUGUCAACCAAGCAAUGACUGGGUACCCGAUAGGAUGAGAAUCUACCCUUCAAGAGCCAUUACUAGUUAAUUAUUAUUGUCUUGCCCUGAAGGAACGAGAGUUGGUAGGUCCCCCAGAUUGUACAUACGGUGUAUUCUGACAUUCGUCAUUAAUAUCAAAUUUCUAAAUUGGCCUCAAGCCGAAGAUCCGGAUUCGAUUCCCUACAUGGGUACAAUGAAGCCCAUUUCUGGUCUGAUAUUGCGGGAAAAUCAUACUCACUCACUCACUCUAAAUUGGUCACGAGAACACGAACGAGCCGACCAACCUUUGUCUGAUAGUUCGGUGUUUGUCAUUAGUGUUACACACGUAUACAUCACAUCUUAAUUCCUCAGCCCUGUUUAUUUAUAUUGUACACCACUGCCAUGUUCAUGCUGUAAAUAAACGCGCUCUCCGUUCA